CCGGCCAGGCGCCCAAUGGCUAGCGGUCCGAUGUGGCUCUCUCGAUUCGUACGUCAAACCAGGCCCGGCAAAAUAAAAGAACAAGAACAUGAGGUUGACUCGGUUCCUAGAUGUUGGGAUGUUCCCGUUGUGGAAAUCCAAAACGUAUGCGUUGACCUUGGACGUUACGCAGACCAGGGCGAAGCAUUGAUCUUGCUCAUCGAGCAGUAUGGGCUCUUCGGCGCGCGGGCCCCUUUGCACCUAGCACAGCCCUACGCGGCAGAGCCGAAAGAAAAUCUCGACAAGCUCAUCAGAAGUGGUGCUUUCAAGCCAUUAGACCUCCUCACCCUGACAAGAGGAUCUCCUUCGAUCAGAUACAACACACAGGAAAAGCGGGCGUUGGCAGUCUGCCUCGGCUAUUGCCUGAUGGAUUUCUUUGACGCUGACCUGAGCUCCCAAAGAAUCUACUUUCUCGGCUCCACCAAAGAGUCUCGUUCCGGGACCCUGAAGCAGACACUCUACUUGUCGUUUGCCUCCAAUCUGCCAGCAACAGCCGAGUCCCACAUCUUCCGAAUCGGCCAUCCGACCCUCUUGUCAUUUGCCAAGCUCCUGUUGGAGAUCGAGUUCGGCCAAAGUAUCGACUUCUGCAUUACCUCUAAUUGUGACAAGACGAACCGGGCAACAUGGGCCGAGCUGUGCCACAUGGUUGACCAACUGGAGGAGGAGCGCAAUGACAGCUACCUGCAAGCUGUCAGGGGUUGCCUGAUGGCCCAUAGGCAAAUUUCGAGAGCCUUGAGAUUGGGUGGCGCCUACGAAAGGGAUGCGGAACUCACCAUCCGAAAGGAACUUUAUGGAGAAGUGGUUGAGAAGCUCGAAGCCGCACUCGCUGAAUCCACCCCUCGGACUGGUAACAAACGCCAACGUUCCGAGUCCCCGGAUCCGAUCCCUCGGACGAAG